AUGACAGAAAAUAUAGUUGAGAAAUCUUUUGAUUUUUUGAAGACUAAAUAUUAGGAGAUUCAUUACCCAACCUAAUUUUAGCAUCAGUAGGAGAUGAAUAAGCAUCAGGUAUCUUAAAACUAACCAAAUUUGAGAGAAGAAUUUGAAUAGUUUAAGAAUAGUGGAUUUUGCAAACUGUAGUGCUAUGAUGACUUUGUAUGUCAUACUCUUUUUAAUAAUUACAGCGCUAUUGUUGAAUAAUGGCUAAAUUAGCCAAAAGCAAAUACUUCUCAAAGAAACAGCUAAAAUCCUGAAUAAGAAUUAUUCCAGUAAUUACCUUAGAAAAGAAAUAGUUAAACUGAUCAGAAGUAGCUAGAAACGGGAAGAAUGUUAUAAUAAAAUGAUUUCAAAUAUGCUGAUGACAUUGUAAAUGAUGAACUAUUUGAUAAACUAAACUAGAAUUAGUACUUAAAGAGAUUAUGUAGAUCAAUGUUUGAAGCUGGCUAUAAUUUCAAAAAGCUUUAAUAAUGA